CUUGGCCACUCUCCCUCCCUCAUCCCAUGGCCUACAGCGGCUCCGAGGACGAGGGCCUCGGACUUGACGAUGCAGAUUUCGAUAGGCCGUCAGAGGAAGACGACGACAUUGACGACGACAUCCUUGACGCGCUCGAGGACGACCUUGCAGCGGAAGCAGCAGCAGAGGAGGCCACAGAGGCAGAGGAGGACUCUCCAUCAGAUGACUCGACACUCAGUCCCACAUCCCUUGCUCGCGCCUUGUCUCCCGCAAGUCUUCGACGCGCAGCUCUCACCACAUCCCUCGGCCACCCUCGCUCCUACACCGUCGAGGCCAUCUGCGCUAUUCCACACCCAGUACCCACGCACUCACUCGCCGCCUCCGCGUGCAUGACGCACCUCCUCACAGGUUCCGACGACGGGUACGUGCGCGACUACGACAUCUUCUCUGCCGUCAACGGCAAGUUCUUCCUUACCGCCCCGCAGCGCCAUCACUGCGGUGUCAUGGAAGGUCUCAUGAAAGCUGGUCAGAUACGUUGCUGGUGGGAGAAUCCUGCCCCUCCAGACGCGGCCGCGCCUCCAGAAGAGCCAGUGCUAUGUCCCGUAUACAGUCUAGCAAUGCACUCAGAUGCGUUGUGGGCGCUGGCUGGGUCGGACCGAGGUCACAUCAACUUAUUCACCGUCCGCCAUGACCCUGGUCGGCUCAUCCAUGUUAUGCCUGGUCAUCGCGGGCGUCCUGUCUCCGGUAUCUCGCUGCAACAUGACGAGAUGGGCUUCUUCAGUGCUGGGUGGGAUGGGUCAGCUUUGCAAUGGGACCUCAACACUGGCCAAUGUGUUCGCAACUUCACAGCGCAUGGCGCGCAACUAACAGCCAUAGCCGUGCGUCCUGUGGUCCGGCAGUACGACGGACACCAUUGGAGCUCGCCAACACUGCGCGGUCAACAUCUUGUUCCCGAGUUUGGCCAAGCCGUCCAGACCUCUGGGGCCCGCGCGCUUCCAGACGUGUCGUACAAGAUGGAGGACGACACCAGGUCGGAGAUGUCUUACGACCCGCUCUUCGAUGAGCCGGAUGCGGACGGCGAGCCCGACGAGCAGCCGCAGAAGCCUACCCAGCCGUCAGCACCGAGGCUAGCCUUCCCCGGCGCACACGCACAGGAGACAGGGCGGAGCGCACCCGCGCCGCGGAACGCGCCGCCCGUGCUCGACUCGACGAUGUACGGCGCGUUCUCGCCGGACGUCCUGAUGACCGCAAGCAUCGACGGGCAGGUCUUCAUCUGGGACACACGCGUGAACGCGCCAGGGUACGGCGUGGGCCGGCUGUGGAUGAGCGAGAAGACGCCGCCGUGGUGCGUGAGCGCGUGCUGGAGUGCGGACGGCGCGCAGGUAUACGCGGGACGCAGGAAUGGGACGGUGGAUGUGUGGGAUGUGCGUCAGACGGGACGGCCGGGGACGCCGAGGAUCUUGAAGACGUUGAGGAAUCCGGUCAGUUCGGGAGUUGUGUCGUGUGUGGUUGCGUUCCCAGAUGGAAAACAUCUCGCUUGUGCGUCCAACGACAAUAUCCGCCUUUGGAAUGUCGCGGAGGCAGGCGAGCCUGACGCGUCGGGCAAGAUGAAGAGCGGUGUGCAAUUCAAGAUCAUACCUGGGCACCAUGGCGGCUUCAUAUCACAAAUGCUGGUGGACCCUGCUGCGCGGUUCUUGGUGACCGCGAGCAGCAACCGGGGAUGGCACGGAGAGUCUACCCGUACUAUAUUUGUACACGAAAUCAAGCAUAUUCGCUGACUGGGUUUGUUCGACCAACAUCCGUCAGCGCAGUCCCGCCUACGUGCGCAGGGUAGGUUCCCUCGCAUGAGUGGCAUAGACAUAUGUCAGUCUUGCGUCCAGACCAUUGCGACAUUCUCAUUCUCUCCCCUCUGCCGUGUAUAUGGCUCGUUCUCAGACAGAAUUGGCGCCAGUCAUAUCAUUCCCUUGGCCCGACUGGUCUGCCUACCGUAGAUCUCAAGAUUCGACGACACCAGUCAAGGCUCAAAGCGUAGGUUUCUGAACAUCAGCAACGAGGCACACUGGUUCAGUAGAGAAUCCACCAGACAAACUCCCAUCUCAAAGUCGCACUAUGAGAUGUG